AUGGUGAUGAUGGAGGGUAAUGGAAAAGGGUUAGCUAGAUUAGCAGAAGAGAAGGAAAUUAAGAAAGAAAAGGAGAGGGAGAAGGAGGAGAGAGAAGAGGAAAUGGCCUUUAAAAACGGAGCAUCGUGCAAACCAAAGGGAACCUUUUCCGUCAUAGAGUUCAAUGUGACAUCACAGGACGUGGCAAUUCCAACAACAAAGUUACGCCCUAAUAUUUCCAUGGCCUUUUACUUGGUGGAGGUUGAAUCCUACGACUCUUUCCCAAAGCACCCGAAGCCCCGUCAAAAGGCUCACGAAGUCACCGCUACCUUUCAAGAAACAUAUUUGUUCAAUUCUUAG